AUGAACACUCUACGGGCUUCAAUUCGAUCGAUUGGACACUUCCGCCGGCUCUCACACCCAUCUACAGCUCCACUCUCUCCCUUCACUUCAACCCUUCACCCAACUGUCAUCCGACGCACGAUGGCUUCCGCAAUGGCAAAGCGCCUCGAGGGCAAGACAAUCGUCGUGACUGGUGCUUCGUCCGGUAUCGGCAAGAGCACUGCCAAGGAGUUUGCGCGCACUUCGCCCAAGAACCUGAAGCUGAUCAUUACUGCGCGCCGUCUCGAGACAUUGAAGGAGGUCGCAGCGGAGAUUAAGCAGGAGGUUGGCGAUGGUGUCCAGGUUCUACCUGUCAAGCUGGACGUUAGCAACCCGGAGGAUGUGAAGAACUUCGUCCCCUCCCUGCCGGAGGAAUUCAAGGAGAUCGAUGUCCUGGUUAACAACGCUGGUUUGGUCAAGGGUAUGGCUCAGGCACCUGAAAUUGCGGCUGAGGAUCUCAAGAUCAUGUUCGAUACCAACGUCACUGGUCUCAUCAACAUGACACAAGCCAUUCUGCCUAUCUUCAAGAAGCGCUCUGAGGGUGGCCGUGGCGAUAUCAUUAACAUUGGUAGCAUUGCUGGCCGCGAGCCUUACUCUGGUGGCAGCAUCUACUGUGCUACCAAGGCCGCUGUUCGGUCCUUCACGGAUGCGCUAAGGAAGGAGCUUGUCGCAUCACGCAUUCGCAUUAUUGAAAUCGAUCCUGGUCAAGUUGAAACAGAGUUUUCCGUUGUGCGAUUCUACGGAGACAAGGCUAAGGCCGAUGCCGUCUACAAGGGUGUUGAGCCUUUGACCGGUGACGACAUCGCCGAGGUUAUUGUCUUUGCGGCCGGUCGUCGCGAGAAUGUCGUUAUCGCCGACACUCUGGUCUUCCCCAGCCACCAGGCUUCUGCCGGUGUCAUGCACCGCAAGUCUUAA